AUGUACUUUUUGAGCAAAAGCGUCACACCUGUAGAGUAUUUUCUGACCUUGGACCUGCGCGAGAGUCAACAUUUUGCCGGAGAUGUCAAAAUAAAGGUCAAUGUAAAGACGGAAAAUGAGCAGCUGCGUGUGCACGCCAAGGGGUUCAAGUAUCAACAGGUGAGCGUUGAUGGCAGCGAUGUGGACUACACUUGGGAUGAAAAUUCCGAUAUGUUGACCAUCAGAUCACGUGACGGUGUAAUCAGUCGAGGAGAUCAUGAAAUCAGAAUAAUUUACAGUGCUCCGUACUCCACAAACACUCUUGGAAUUAAUAAAGACCCCUCUACCAACAUAAUCUUCACUCACUUCGAACCCACUCACGCUAGAGAAGCCCUUCCGUGCUUUGAUGAGCCUGUCCACCGAACUCCGUUUACUCUUCGACUGCGAGUCAAUGAGGGAGCUACAGUACUUUCAAAUACUCUCCACAAGUCAGAGUUGGAUGGUGACUUAGUUGUGUUUGAGCGAACGGAAGCGAUUCCCACUUAUCAGUUCGCAUUUGCUUCUGGAAACUUUGCUUGCCAAGCAGAAGUGGGUCCCGUUCGUAUUUUCUCAGCGGAGCCGGAGAAAAAUCACAACUUUGCUCUUGAAGUCGCUCUUGGAUGCAUCGAGUUUUUCGAAAAAUACUUCGCCUCCAAAAUGCCCUUCCCGAAAUUAGAUUUGCUCGCAGUUCCCAAGAUGAUUGCCGGGGCGAUGGAAAACCCAGGAUUGCUUAUUUUCAAGUCUGAUGUCCUUCUUUUAACCAGAGAAACAACUUUUCUCGAGAAGAUUCAUGUUGCGUUAACAAUCGCUCAUGAAGUUGCACACCAAUGGUUUGGGAAUUCUGUCAGUAUCGAAUGGUGGAGCGACAUGUGGGUCAAAGAAGCAUUUGCCACUCUAUUCCAGCAUCUCGCCAUAGAUGAAAUCUUCCCUGAUUGGAAUAUCUUCGAAUGGUUCUUCUCCAGAUUCACGAGAACCGCAUUCAAAGCGGACUUUGGGAACGGCUCUGUUUUGAAAGAAAUCGCUCCUGGGAAAGAACAUGAAGCAUUCAACCCUCUCAGCUACUCAAAAGGCGCUACUGUUCUCCUUCACUUGCAGCAAAAACUCGGCUUUGAAGUUUUCCGUGACAAAAUUCGAGAACUUAUCAGCUCAAAAGCAGGAGAGACGAUCAAAACAGAAGAUGUCCUCGAAGCAUUCGAAGAAAAAGAAACAAUUCUCCCUUGGCUUGAGCAAGAAGGAUACCCAAUCGUCACCGUCAGAGUUGUAAACUGGCAGAAUAGCAAUCUGACUAUUGAAAUUUCUCAACGAAGCUCGACGCCAAGUCCAAAGAUCUGGCCACUAUGGAUCCAGUUCACUUCUUCCGACAAAGAAGAAAAAAUGUCCUUGCCGCUAGAAAGUGAAUCCGUUCGAAUCACAGUAACUGAGGUCGACGAAAAAACUGGCUGGGUACUUUUCAAUCAAAAUGCAACUGGAUACUUUGUCGUCAAUUAUGAUCCAGCAAUAUUGACGAAUUUACUGAAAGUAAUCGGCGAGAUGAGCCCACUCGACAGACAAUUUUUCUACCACUCGGCAUUUAUUUUUGCGGAGCAGUGUCUUCUCCCACCAAAAAUGCUCGGAGUCGUCUACGAGACACUCAAGGCAGAAACCAAUCUAUUUGUCUGGAGGUCACUCUUGGACGAUCUCGAGCGAUGUCCCCUUCUAUCAGACGAUUCUGACGAUUCCUUGAAAUGCAGCCUUAUCAAAACGAUGGUCGACGUGGUUCCAAAACUCAAAUCAUCUGAUACGAUACAACAAGAUCGAGCGCUGAAAGCAAUUAUCUGCGGCUAUCUGCUGAAAAAUGGCGAGCGAAGCAGUGCACUCAAGUGGAUCAAUCCAAAUGAUAUUGAACAAACUCAACUUCGGACAGUUAUUGAAGAUCUAAGGCCGGAAACGACAGGCCGAUACAGUCAUUUGCUUGAUUUUGUCCCGGACGAGUUUGUCCUUCCCGCUAUUGAGGGACUUAUGAACGAUCCAGAAGCCAAUGUUAUUGAGGGUCUUUCAAAGCUAUCGCAAGUUUCGAAGGAAAAAGUUUGGAUCUGGUUGAAGACAAAUAUCGACGACUUUUUGAAAAACUAUCCGAAUUGCGGUGAGUUCAUUGGAAAUCUGUUGGGUUCAUUCUCGUCAAAAGAAAUGAUGAAGGAAGCGCAUGAAUUGCAGAAGGAGUUUCCGCAGUUGAAAGAAGCGAUUUCCAAGGCGGCGCCGAAAAUGAUGCUCAAGAAACGAUGGCUUGAAUAUGCUGAAGCGCAAGCUUUUGAAGAAGAUCAACGUGAAAAACAAAUGGAAGCCAUGAAAGCGCAAGAACAAGCUUAUAACCAGCAUCUGCAGCACCAGCAAGCGUUCCAUCAGCAAACUGGAAAGUCAUCACCUGCUCAUUCGUCGAAAUCAACGAACUCUCAGGGCUCAUCUCGUAUUAGAAAAACUCAGCAUGAUCAACGAGGAGCCGAAAGUCUUCAAGAGCAAAACUUUCAUCCUCGUUCUAACUUUCCUCAUCAAGAAAUGUCCCAUCCAGGAGUUCCCAUGCCCGGUCAAAAUCAACAUUAUGCUCCUCAAAAUCUCGGUCUGAAUCAUUGGGCCCAAGGACAUGCUCAAAUGCCUUGGCGACAACAGCCUGCACAAAGAGCGUUCCCCCAUCAGAACCCGUACCAUCAAACUCCACAAAAUGCUCCCCAUCAGCAAUAUUACCACCAACAAGGAAUGUUUGGUCCUCAAAUGAAUGCACAGUCAAACUUCAACCAAAAUCAACGUUAUCAAAGUGCUCCUGGAAAGUCUACUUUCCCAAAUCAAAUGCAUGGAUUAACACCUGCGCCGAAUUCUCUGGGAAACCAGUCAACAGGAGGAAACUCGUUUAUGUCGAGCUUUCAACGACAUCAAAAUAGCGCAAAUCCCGUUAGUCGGAAUCAAGAGGGGGAGCAGAUAAAUCGGGGAUCAUUUUUCGGAGCAAGUGGAAACCCUGGUACUUUCGGGCAAAACAGAAGAAAUGAACAGAAUUUCAAUCAACAGUCCAGUAAUGCAUCUUAUCCAUCUCAAUUUGGCAUCCAGCGAAACAGGAAAAGUUAA